UUCACAGAACACACAAGCAAAUGUUACCCUCUUUGUUUUUGUCAUACAACGAAGGUGCCUGCGGUCUAUGUUUGUUUUUGUUUACUUCGGUGCUUGCGAAAGCGGUGUGCAUAAUAACAAGAAUCGGAACAAGGACGUAAAUGGCGAAAAAUCAAUAAAUGGACACGGCAAAAAGCAACAGCAGCAGCAUCAAUCGCAGCGGAAGAAAUAAUGGCAAAAUGUCCUUUCACCCACACGCAUACACAAACACAUGUAAAUAUUUGGCAAGUGCAAGUGGUCUAUUCAUUCACUUUAGUUCCUGCGACAGUUGGCAUGCAGUUAAAAUAUACCGAAACGGAUAUAAAGAAUUUGGGUGUGUUAAAUUUGUAAGUGAUGGUUGCAAAUGUAUUUAAUAAUCAAUAGAAAAUACCUACGGUUCGAUAAAUAAUUUAUAAAAUGUGUGGAAAAUAUUCAAAUUUGAAAGAAGAGUUAUUAUAAAAUAGAGAAAAAAGUGUUUAAAUAAUAUUUAUUAUAUUUUGAAAUUAAUAUUGUGAAACUUAUUUUCAUAAUUAAUUAAUAAUUCGCGCAGAAGAGCCUAAGAAUUGUGUUUUGAGCGAUAAUGGUUAGUAAAAGUGCAGUAAGUGGCGAGGAACGCCCUGUUUUUAUUCCACCUCGAAAGCGACAGACAUCGAAAAAAGUGAAUGGCGCACAAAACUAUGUGGACCACAUAGUUAAUGUACAGAAUCGACAAAAACUCUCCCCUUCUAACCCGGCACUUGAUGAGGACUUACUUAAAACAUCAUUGAUAUUGAAAAACAAACAACCACUGCCACAAAUACCAGGAGCACAAAGCAAUGGGGACGCUGUCGAUAACCAGUCGACACACAAAUCUACACAAUCCGUGGAUAAUAUUUAUGAGGAUGAUAAUGAAUUACAGAACUUCGAAAGCGUUUCACAGGGCACAAAAUCGACAAAUCGCCAUGAAAGCAGCACAGUUACGCCGAGCAGUUACUCAGAGAGUAGUUUGGACGCAAAAUCGCACGAUUGUCUUAGUAAUCGCUCUUCGUCGAAGAAACGUGUAAAUAUACGCACCGAUCCGUCGCAUAUACGCAGCCAGCGGGAAUCGCCGGAAAUAACCAACUAUGAAGAUCUGGAAUCAGGUGAAACGAGCGUUUUGAAUGUUGAUAUGCAUAGUUUGGAGCGGUAUAAUACGAGAAGGUCAAUGGAUAGUAACUAUCUGACUAUGACAGGUACAAUUAAACGUGGCCGCAAAAAGGGUCAAAGCGUCGAUUUACAAAUCAAUAUCAGUCGUGAGGAAUUGGAGCAGAUCAAUGCAGUUGCGGCCGCUGCACAAGUGAAUAAGAAGCAAAACUUAUGUUGCACCUGUACACCGAAAACUGGUUUACAUAUCCUAAUUCUGUCGUUAAUAUGUCUUCCAUUCAUAACUGUAAUCUCAAGCAUUUAUUCAUUUUAUAUCGGCACAUUAACCUGGUAUAAUAUGUUCAACUACUUCAAUGAGGAGAAAUCGUGUAUAUAUAAAUUUUUUAUGUCACCUAUACUAAUACUCGCCUAUCCCGUCGGCAUACUCGUGUGCACACUGGGUCUAGGCCUCUAUUCGGGCAUCGCACAAUUGAGUUUGCAGCUUAAUAGUUGGUUAAAUGAGGUAGCCGAUAUUGAGAAGGGCUUCUACGGUUGGUUAUGCUCAUUUCUACAUCUCUCCGACUGUAGUCCGUACGAGGUCGUCAUACUAAUGGAUAUACAACCAACACACGAUGUGCCACGUGUACAUGUAAAUACCUCAACGGAAGAGCUAUCGCUCUAAGCGCCCAAAGAUUGCAAAAUGAAGAAUAUGCCUACAUAGUACAUAAUGCCUAUGUACACGUAUGUAUAAGUGUAUGUAUUUACAACUCAAGAGUGAACACAAACCGUCGAAAGGAUAGUGAUAUAAGAUAAUUAUUGUAGCAGCAAGAGAAUCGUAAUUUUUUUUGGCUAGAAAGUGAACGAAGUGGUGAUUCGGCAUUUUAUCAGGUGAUAAUAAAAACAAACGUAAUAUUUUGGAAAUAUACUAUUCAAACACUGUAAGAUUUAAUGAACUAUUUGUUUAAUAUAGUUUGCAUAAUAGUGUACAAACUAAUUUUUAAUGUACGCAUGGGACGCACAUUUAAGAAAUACUUCAUUAAAACAAAAAUACAGUUAUUAAAGAAAGAGAACGGAUAAGGGAGAGCUUAGUAUCAUACAUUCUACAUUGUAGAAUCGCUUAUUGUUAAGAGUGUAAAGCAAAUUUCUUAUACUUAAACUUCCGAACUUUUUUAGGUAUUGUGACGUAUAAUAAGACUUUUAUAAGGUAUGUAGUUAAUUUUUCUAAAUCACUAUAUAUAAAAAACAUUACAAAUGUAGACAUUUAGGUUAGGUUAAACCAAAAAGGUCAGCGUAGAGACUCACACUCUUACAUAAAUCGUAAACCGGUAAUCAGUGCUUGUUAUGAUAACCAUAAGUGGACAACUAAAGGGUGAUCCAUUUAAAGGUUCCCUACUUUUUUUAAGGAAAAACACAGAAACUUCAAACUUUAUGGGAAAUAUUUUUAAUCAUUCGAGAGAACAUUCUUUGGUAUUUAUUUUUUGAAGAUUAUCUCUUUCAAAUGUUGGCCGCAGCUACAUCUCAGAUGGUCCAUUCGUUGAGUCCAAUUUUCGAUGACUCGUUCUCGUAUUUCGAUUGGUAACUGGCGAAUGUUUUGCUCCAAGGACUGAAUCGAAGCGGGAUUUUCCAUAUAGACUUUAGACUUUACAUAUACCGUGAGGAAAAAACGGUGUAAUGUUACACGAUCUUGGUGACCAAUGGGUUCGCCCAAAAUGCGAAAUUAACUGCUCACGGAAGUGUUCUUUCAAUAAAUCCAUUGAUUGAUCAUUUUUGAAGAUAUAUGGUCCGUUGAUUUCACCAACCCAAAAACCACAUGUUUUCAUUCUGGAUGAAAUGGUAGCUCUGGAAUUUUGAUUUUUUACAUACCACACCCAUUGAGCCAGAAAUGAACCUAAUCACUGAACAAAAUUUGGCCCAUAGAGCGAAGCUCUAUUCAGUUCUUGAACAAGCUAUAUUUAUACGCUUUCAAUUUAAGAUCAACGAUUUGUAAACGUUGUUCAGGCGUAAGUCUUCCAGAAUGAAAUGCCAAACAAUGCUUGGAUCACACAUUACCAUAAUAGGUAGCGAUUGGGUGAGCUAAAAUGUAACUGUAAGAUUCUCUUCGAAAACGCAGUGAAUGAUUUUCAAUAAUAUUGUGAGCCGUGAUGUCCUUCAACGUCAGUUUGAACAGAAUUAGAAAAUAAUUACGAUCAGUGAACAGAAUCGUAAAGCGAACCUCAAAUUGUUAGUCGUCAGCACCUGUGGAAAAGACAAACCGACGUUUAUGGGAGCUUGCUAGGCAAUAAGCUGACCGGUCUUAAUAUGAUCAACACUUUCAUCGAUUACCUCCCGUUUAUUGACGUCCUUAGAGUCAAACCAACCAGAGCAAAACAAGCGUUGAGUUGCUCUGCAAACUCAGUGUGACCCCCACGUAACUAUCUUUGGAUACUGCUCUAGCUUUAACUGUACUUUUCCACAAAAAACUCAGAUUUAAUGAACUUAUGACCUACAUGCAAAAAGUCCCGGCAUAUUAAACUUUUGUUCUUCAUCAAAGAGUUCACGUCUGACACUAACUACUUCUUUUUAUGUCUUACAAAACCAACUCACCUAACACCUGUCUACCUGUCGUCUCAUCUGGUCGAUGUAACACGUUCCUUGGUCCAUCCGUUAAAAAAUCUCGGUGACAAUUGAUUGACACUCCUCUCCAAACAGGCUUUAAACACACUGUUACAAUUACAUCAAGUAGUCGAAUAUGUAUACAGUAGGCAAUCUAUUCACAAGAGAAAAAUAUAUCGAAUCUACUUGGUUUGGAGAACUCAUAAGCCUCGUAAAGCUAAAAAGAUAAAAUGUAUAAUAUUUCCCAAUCAACUUCUACAUAUGUACAUGCUAUCACUUUUAUACGUACUAUAACAUUGUAUUUUCAUUGGAAUAACCCACAUUUUGUUUUGACAAGUGCUUUGGGCUUUAUUGUUGCCCGUAGUCGAACAAAUCUUUUUAUGAGGAGCUCUGUCUUAUAUGCAAGUAAGUUUGUUGCUAUUAUUGAGCGGCUUAUAAACUUCAGAGUUGAAGGUUUCACUUUGCUUCUCGAUUAUCAAUAAUUUUUGCUCUACCGCAUUCAGAAGUGAGCCCACAAUCCUUUGGUUGGUCACACCCUCUCCGCGUCACUCCUUAUAUGACAUAUUAAAUCAAAUAUAUCUUUCUUAAUCAAACGCUUAAUUUUCUUUUCUCUUGACGGGAAAUUUUGAUUUAUCUAUUAGUAACACUGAAAAUUGAUUGGGGAUUACACUUUAGAGCAAGUCAGGGAGCUAAGAAAAUGGAAUAAUCGUGUGUGAGGGAUACGUUCUACGUAUCAUUCUGUAUAACAUUUUUAGGGAUCAUAAAAAUUUGUUAGUCAGUUUUUGAGAUAUCCAAUUGAAAUCUAAUACGUAGGCGUAUUUUGAUAUUCUAUUGUUCAUUUGUCAAAAUCGGUCAGAUCGGACAGCUAUAUCACAUUUAUCUCAUAUAUCUUAAAGUUGCGACCACAGACUCCGAAUAUCGGUUGUAAAUUUUAAUAAUUUCGACUCAUUGUUGAAUCGUAUAACUUUCCAUGAUGUAAUGGCAAACCUUACUGAAGAGAAAUGUCAAAAGAGCGGGAGAAAUAUGGCGUCGUUUGCUGUCCCUAUCACUCUACUUUUGUAGGGCCCUAUUGAAAACCCCUAUAUAAGCGACCCUUCAGAUUUUUUAAAUAUCUGCUUAAAAAUAGCUGGCUCGAAACUGGUUUUAGACCCAUAGCCUCUUCAGGGGUUACAUGGAUUUCCUCGGGUAAAAAACAGCCUUUUUCUAACAGAUUUUUCUCAUACAAAAAAUGAAAUAUUUUAUUCGAAUUUUUUAUUGUUACAAACAUACACUAUUAACAAAGAAAUUCUGAAAUUUUUGAAAAAAAAAAAUUUUAAACUAGCCAUUGCUACGCCAUUUCCCUUGACUCCUCGGAAAAAAGAUGCGCUCGCGUUGGCUGGAUAACUCAUUAUAAGAUCAUCUAAAGUGAAAAAAUUCGUGUUUUAAUUAAAAAAAUAAAUAUUGGUUUUUUGCAGACAGUUUUGCAAAGAAAUUAAAAUUUCAGUGAAAAUUUUGCGACAUUUUUUUCCAAAUAAUUGUAACCGGAAAAAAAAUUCCUUCGUCCAAGUCUUUAAGAAUUGUUUCUUAAAGACCUGUGUAAAAUUUCAUGAAGAUGGGUUGAGUAGUUCUAGAGAAAUCUUCCCAACCGACUUCAAAAACACAAUUUCGAGAAAAACGCGUUUAAAACGGCGCUCUUAACCUAUCUAGCCUCGAGCGCACGAAUUCUCAAGGCUAUAUCUCCGAAACUAUUACUCGUAUCAACUUGAAAAUUUAGAACAAUAUUCUAGAGGUGUUUUAGAAUUUAAUAAGAUAAUAAAAAAAAUAUUUUUUGAAACCUGCAAACUCAUUAAGCAAAAUUUUUCAGAAUGAUUCGUAGAAAAAACCCUCACAUAUUCGAUUUUAUGGAGCAAAAAUCGACUCGCUCCAUUGUACAUAGCUUCAAGGGUAGUCAGCCUAUUUACCUAUGUAUGUAACUCUGAUGAUUGUGUUACCUCGUCUAGAAAUAUUUCAAAUUUCGAAUAGUACAAAUUGGUUGUUCUUAUGUAUAUGUCUUGAACAUUAUAUAAAUUUUAAAUAAUUCUUUUUAAUAUCUUAGAAAAUAAUGCGAUAUAAAAAUACUAUAUAUGCUUAGAAACCGAAUUGCUUUUUGAUAAUCUAACAGGUGGUCUUUUGCGCCUAUUAAAUUGCUACCAAAAUGCUAAGUAACUUUUUUUUAAACGACGCAAUUUUAUUAAUUUACUGUGCAAUAUAAAUUUUCUAACACGAUUUCGAUACAAAUCGAAAGAUUAAAGUGAGUGGCAAAAUAUAAAUAGUAUAUUCAUUUAAUUAAGUGGCAUAUUAUCAGCAACUUGAUGAACUUAAAGUGCAUUUUGGACACAUUCCUUUUUUCAAGUAGCGCAGAUAUAUACGUAAUGCUACUGCAUUUUAUUAUAAUAGAAAUCAUAUAUUUGUAUAUACACAUACACAAGCGAACAAAAGCAUUUAUUUUCAGCAAAAAUAUAGAUUUAAGUGUAAUUAAGAUAACUUGAGUGCGAAUUAAGUAUUGAAAACUAAAUAAUUAUGUGAUAAAAAACAUUACUUACUAUUUGCUGCUUUUAAAAAUUAUACAAACGCCAUUUAAAUUAAAAAGAAAAAAAAAUUAUAAAAUCCCCGUCGACUGUACUGCAUUUAUUGUUCAUGAAAUUAAUGACUACCCAAGUACUUAUUGUAAUAAUUUAAAGCGUCAGUAAUUGUACAAUGAGAUUCGAUUCAACAAUAAUCAGUAUGAAAUGUGCGAGUUUUCAUUUUAAAUUGGUAGUUUUUUACUAAAAUAUAGUGCUAUGCAUUUUUAACAAUCCAGAAUUGUGGAAUUAUGUAAUUCAAUGUUCGACUUGUGAACGAAAUGUAUGCCAAAAAAAAGAUAAAUCUUCGAAGAAAUAUCAAUAAAUCUUAAUGAAACUAUGCA